AUGGGUGCCCCAAUAGGGGCCCCCAUAUGGGGCCCCAUAGGGGCCCCCAUAACCCCUGGAAAAGACCCCGAAUGGGCCUCAAGGCCCAUCCUGUGCGGGGCCCCUAUGGGGCCCCCAGAAGGGGCCCCGCCUCUACAGAGGGGGCCCAUUGCGGAAACCCCUGUGAGGCCCCCCUGGGGGCCCCUGUGGGGCCCCCUGUGGGGCCCCCCUGGAGGCCCCUGCGGGGGCCCCUGUAAGGGCCCCUGUGGGGCCCCUGUAGGGACCCUUGUGGGACUCCCUGUGGGGUCCCCUUUGGGGGCCCCUUUGGGGCCCCUGGAGGUAAAAGGAAGAGCCGUCGAGCAGCAGCAGCAAAAAGACUGCAGCAGCUUUCGGCACGCGCCGCAGCACGCCGUCCGCGCACAGCAGCAGCAAACACUGCAGCAGCAGCAGCAGCAGCAGCACACGCUGCAGCAGCUGGUGCGGGGCGCCCGUCGCGCAGCAGCGGCAGCAGCGACACCAGCAGCAACCCGACCAGCAGCAGCAGCAGCAGCAGCGGCAGCAGCAGGCGCGCCCCACUAA